CUCAACCUUCAGAUCAGUACAUCCCACUAUGCUUUGCGAUGGUCUGACAAGUGGAUCCAAGAUGGCGUAGAAAGUAAAGCUAGAAGUUUUGUCCCUAAGUCAUGGCGGACAGGAGAGCGGAGAAGUCAUGUGAAGAAGCCAGUAGAUCGUUAACCAGGCGGGAGUACGAGGCGGCAGUCAACCACAGUACUGACGCCUUGGUAGUCCUUGCGCCCCAAGCCCAAUCAUCCGGUGCCCCUGUCUCGCCAAGCCCUACAUCCCUUGUCGCUGCCGCCGCUGGACCCCUACGCAGCCGCGUGCUGCUCUACAGAAUUGCUGCCUUCCUGCAGCUGAAAAACUAUGAUGAAGCAGAUGAAGACUGCAAACAUGUCAUGGCAGAGGAGAUGUCCAGGGGGGACGGGUCACUACAGUCCAGCCUGCGCUCCAUGCUGUUGGAUGGCAGCCUGCAGGAGGUGGUCAGCAUCCUCUCCAAAGCCUUGUAUGGAGAACAAAUGAAUGGCAUCGUCACAAAAGACAUGAGCAGAUUAAAAAUGCUUUUCUCAGAAAUCGAGGCUAUAAACAGGGAGAUGGCACCAGAAUACACAGAUGACCAGGAGGAAGAGGUCCAAGAUGGAUGGCAGUUCCGGCCUCCGCCCCGAGGAGUCACCAGCAGUGAGGAGUACACCCUCUGUAAAAGGUUCCUGGAGCAGGGCCUGUGUCGGUAUGGGGCUCAGUGUACGUCGGCGCACUCGCAGGAGGAGCUGAUGGAGUGGCAGAAGCGCUACGCGUCGCGCCUCAUCCGCCUAAAGCAGCAGCAGGAGAGCAAACACUUCACCGAGAACUACAUGGAGACGCUGAUCGAGAAGUGGAUGAACUCCCUCUCCCCAGAGAAAGUGCUAAGUGACUAUUUAGAAGGUGUGAAUGUAGAAACCAGCUCCGGCCUCUCUGUGACUGUCACCACUAAAAAGUCCUCCCACUCUUGGACCUUCUCCUUACUGUGCAAGCCGGCCAGGAAGCUGUACAGAAUCGCCCUGCUCUACGAUGCCCAUCGACCACACUUCUUCAUCACAGGUGUGUCAGCAGGAGAGCGGCUGCAAGCCCUCCCCGCUGGCUGCCAAGAGUGGACUCCAGGAGAGGAGACAGCAGUGGCAGCAGACAAUGGCCUGGACCACUGUGUCUACAAGGUGUCAGUGGGCUUCAGCACAGAGAUCUUUGGUACCUUCAGACAGACCGCUGUGUUUGACUUUGGCUCCGAACCUGUGCUGAUGCAGCGGAUCAUGGUGGAUGCAGCCUCCAUUGAAGACCUAGAGCACCUGAUGGCGGCCAGGCAGCAGCUCUUGAUAACGGCAAAGCGCUGGGACUCGUCCUGUAAGACCAUCGUAGAGUUUGUCCCCAAUGAGACGAUGGCUGACCUGGAGCGCAGCCUCCUCUCCCGCUAUCAGAUCCCUCUGUCGGCCGACCAGCUCUUCACCCAGUCGGUCCUGGACAAGACUCUUACCAAAGACAACUACCAGGCCCGACUGCACGACCUGCUCUACAUAGAAGAGAUCGCACAGUAUAAGGAAGUCAGCAAGUUUAACAUCAAAGUGGCUCUGCAGCUCGUCACCAGUUUUAUGCUGACCGGCAUCUCUGUUGGAGCCAAGUACGCUCAGAACGGGCAGCUCUUUGCACGCUUCAAACUCACUGAAACACUUUCUGAGGACACACUGGCAGGGCGACUUGUGAUGACCAAGGUCAACUCUGUUUUGGUGCUGCCGUUGGGCCGUGAGGGUUUCUGCAGUCAGCCGCCUCCCGGGGUCAAAGAGCGUGUUUAUGAGGCUGUGAUCGAGGAGAAGACCAAGGACUACAUCUUCCUGAGGAUCUGCAAGGAAUGCUGCGAGGAGCUGGGGCUAAUACCUGACAGAGAAAUACAGGUGGAGCUCCAGUUCCAGCUGAACAGACUGCCGCUCUGUGAGAUGCACUACGCCCUGGACCGCAUCAAAGAAAACACCAUCCUUUUCCCUGAUAUCGGCCUUGUACCCACAAUCCCAUGGAGCCCCAACAGGCAAUGGGACGAGCAGCUGGAUCCCCGUCUGAAUGCCAAGCAGAAGGAGGCCAUCCUGGCCAUCACCACACCCCUCACCAUCCCCCUGCCCCCCAUCCUCAUCAUUGGACCCUACGGCACUGGAAAGACCUUCACCCUGGCCCAGGCUGUCAAGCACAUCCUCCGCCAGGACACCAGCAGGGUCCUCAUCUGCACCCACUCCAACAGUGCAGCUGACCUCUACAUUAAGGACUACCUCCAUCCUUAUGUAGAAGCAGGCAAUCCGCAUGCCAGACCUCUCAGGGUAUACUUCAGGAACCGCUGGGUCAAGACGGUUCACCCAGUGGUCCAGCAGUACUGUCUCAUCUCCAACACACACGUCAAUUUCUCGAUGCCCACAAGGGAGGACAUCCUCAGGCACCGCGUGGUGGUGGUCACCCUCAGCACCUCCCAAUACCUCUGUCAGCUGGACUUGGAACCCGGGUUGUUCUCUCAUAUCCUGUUGGAUGAAGCAGCCCAGGCCAUGGAGUGUGAAACCAUCAUGCCUUUCGCUCUAGCUAGCAAGACCACCCGCGUAGUGUUGGCUGGAGACCACAUGCAGCUGAGUCCAUUUGUGUACAGCGAGUUUGCUCGGGAGCGUAACCUGCAUGUGUCACUGCUGGACCGGCUCUAUGAGCACUACCCUCCUGAGUACCCAUGUCGCAUCCUCCUGUGUGAGAACUACCGCUCCCAUGAAGCUAUCAUCAACUACACAUCAGAGUUAUUUUAUGAUGGGAAGCUAAUGGCGAGUGGGAAGCAGCCCUCCCAUAAGGACUUCUACCCGCUGACCUUUUUCACAGCCAGAGGGGAGGACGUACAGGAGAAGAACAGCACUGCCUACUACAACAACGCCGAGGUGUUUGAGAUCGUGGAGCGGGUGGAGGAGUUGCGGAAGAAGUGGCCGGUGGCCUGGGGCAAGCUGGACGACGGCAGCAUUGGAGUGGUGUCGCCGUACGCUGAUCAGGUUUUCCGCAUUCGUGCCGAACUCCGAAAGAAGAGGAUGCAUGAGGUCAGCGUGGAGAGAGUGCUCAACGUACAAGGUAAACAGUUCCGCGUGUUGUUCCUCAGCACGGUUCGGACGCGGCACACCUGCAAGCACAAACAGACGGCCAUCAAACGCAAAGAGCAGCUGGUGGAGGACUCGACAGAAGACCUCGACUACGGGUUCCUCUCCAACUACAAGCUACUCAACACAGCCAUCACCAGAGCCCAGUCCCUGGUUGCAGUUGUGGGAGACCCCAUAGCACUGUGCUCCGUCGGGCGCUGCAGGAAAUUCUGGGAGCACUUUGUCUCCAUUUGCCACGAAAACUCAAGUCUCCAUGGCAUCACCUUUGAGCAGAUCAAAGCUCAGCUGGAGGCUCUGGAGCUCAAGAAGACCUACGUCCUGAACCCUCUGGCCCCGGAGUUCAUCCCCCGUGCCCUCAGGCCCAUGCAGGGACACCACUCUUCAUCGCAGGCCCUCCAUCCACACCAUCAUCCUCAUCCUCAGCACGCACAGCCCGCCUCCAACAAGCAGGGUCCGCAGCAGCAGCAGCAGCAGCAGCAGCAGCAGCAGCAACAACAGCAACAACAACAGCAGCAGCAGCAGCAGCAGCAGCAGCAGUCACCGCCUAAGGUAAGGUGUUUCUGUGAAGUGGUAAUUUCAGUAUGGGCGCAAAAAAUCAUAUAUUCAACCCAACCCGGCCAUGCUGAUGGAAACCCGAUUAGGGCGUUCACACCACCUUUGGGUGGCGCACCAGCCGCCAUGGGCAAAUCACCCAGUCCUGUUCAAAGGAUAGACCCUCACACAGGCGCCAGUAUCCUCUACGUUCCCGCUGUGUACGGUGGAAACAUGGUCAUGUCCAUGCCCUGCCUGUAAUUGCCCUGGCCAGGUUACCAGAAUCGCUUUGCAGUGGAUCCUCGAAUCAUGAGCCAUCCUGCAGCCAUGGCGUACAACUUCAAUCUGUUGCAGGCUCAAACCGAGGCUCCCCCUCCUUACAGCGGCAUGGCGCAUCCCUCUCCUGGAGUGGGGCAGCCCAGCCCGGACAAGGAGCUCCAGGCAGACCUCAGAAAUGGUAAAUUAGAAGGAUGUCCAAAGUCAGAACAGAGCCGUCUUCAGACACCAGAGAGGAAAACUGCAGACAUGAAGGAAAAACAGGGAGAUUUAGACACUGGGCAAAGUCGAAGUCUAGACUCAGGCAUGGUAGGAUUUCCAAAUGCACUUCUCCAUCGAAAGGAUCCCUCAGCUGCCCAAAGACUCAACUACCACCUGGCACCACCGAACCCAGCUUUUCCUCCACAUCCUGCCAGUGGAAGGGUUCCCCCACAGUAUCCCCUCUCCAGGCUUCCUUAUCGGGUUAGCCAGCCUCAGCACCCGGGGAUGGCCCAACAGAGCCAACAGCAACCGCAGCAGCUCAGCCCUGCCUACACCGGUGGCAGCCACAAUGCUUCUUUCUUCAGCGGACCCGUGCCCCCUCACAGGGCCGUGCAGUCCCCCACUUUGGAUGGGCCUGAGCCUGGAGGGGUGGAGGAGAUGAGUGGCUCCAUUAGGACUCCAAUGGGCCAACCAGGGGGGCACCACCCGGGCAUGUCGCAGCAUAACAGGGUUAACAGCUUUGGGGAGGACGGGCAGGACGGAAACAUGGGAGAAGGUUUGGACCCCUUGGCUCUCGAGGCCCUGAGCCAGCAGCAGCAGCAGCAGCAGCAGCAGGCGGCCAGGCUGGGCCAGUGGGGGGAGGCAGCUGGUCCUUUUCUGCAGGGCAGCGUCGCCUUCCCUCUGCCCCAACAGCUCGCCCACCUCGCUCAGCCCGGCAUGGCUCGCUUCCCUCAGCUGCUCCGGGCAGCUAGUUGGGGCCUAAGUGCCAAUAUGGAGGAAGAGGGUGUCACUUCUGCCUCGACUGGGCCACCUUUCACCAGGUACCCGGGCCUCCUGAGAGAGAUGCCCCCACAGGAGCAGCCUGAACCCAGAGAAGCAGCUGAGAUGCAGCCCCCACCUCAAUCCCGUCUCCUCCAGUACCGCCAGUCCCAAGCCCGUGCAUCAAAUGACCCUUCAUCCUCUUUAGCUGCCACCUCCAAUCAUGCCGGCCCUUUCCCACCAGGACCAUACCCCCAUGACAGUGGCCGCGAUCUCCUAAACGACAACCUUCUCAACAACCCCGCCCUGCAGCAGCACCCAGGAAACCCCCUGUAUAAUACUGGUAGCUACCCCCAUCAGCCGCCGGCCCACUCUGUCAGCCCCCCUCCCUCCCAGGUCAAAUACCUUCUGCAAGAGGCCCAGUGGUCCCACAGCGGAGCUGCAUCAGUGAGCCCACCGCAGCAGAACCACCUACUGGGGAACCAAGGCCAUGGUCUUCCUUAUGGACUGCCCAUCAUGGCUCACCCAAGCAGGCAGGAGCAAGUCCACCUGAUGCAACUUCACCAUCAGCACCAUCAGCAGCAGCAGCAGCAGCAGCAGCAGCAGCAGCAACAACAACAACAACAACAACAACAACAACAACAACAACAGCAACAACAGCAACAACAACAGCAGCAGCAGCAGCAGCAGCAACACCACCAACAGAGUCAAGGUCCAGACCAGGAGUCCUAUCACCCCCUGUCCCCCAGAACAUCAGCAGCCGCAGCCCUUCACAAUGUAGAUGAGUAUGAACCCAGAGGUCCGGGCCGGCUCUAUCAGCGCCGCAUCUCCUCAAGCUACCCAGACGACUCGUCUCCAGCCAACACCCACAACGCCCUCUCCCAGCAGUCCCAGCCCUGUCCGCCAGAUCCCCAGGACCCCCAUCCGCACAUACAGCAUCAUCAGCACCCACACGCACCCUACGGUUACUCCUCACAUGACCUCUGGCCCAGUAAUGGGGGUCCUGGUCCGUUCCAGAACAUCCCGUGUAACGGAGCCAGCACGCUCGCUCAGCAUCGAGACCUUAUGGCGUCUAAGGCUCUCCGUCAAAGUGAGGAGCAGGUGAAGGCCGAGGCCACGGCAGCACAGCAGUCUCACCCACACUCCCUCAACUCCCUGCAGCACCUCGGACAGUUCCCUCCUCUCAUGCCCAAUAACAAGCAUCAGCAGCAGCAGCAGCAGCAACAACAACAACAACAACAACAGCAGCAGCAGCAGCAGCAGCAACAACAACAACAACAACAACAACAACAGCAGCAGCAGCAGCAGCAGCAACCGCCACCGCCGCCGCAGGCUCCCACGGAGGCAGGCCAGGGGCCUCCAAAUCUGAGCAAACCACCCACCAUGUCCUACGCCAGUGCCCUCCGUGCUCCACCCAAACCCAGAGCUGUUCGUCCUGAUCAGGCCAAAAAGAACAGCGACCCUCUCUCCCUCCUCCAAGAGCUGAGUAUAGGAAGUUCAAACGGUAGCAAUGGGUACUAUUCCUACUUUAAAUGAGAGUCUUCUCCUAAAUAAUUAAGUGAUAAAAUACAAAAAAAGCAACAAAAAAAAAGAAAAACAUUUUCUAAAACCACAUAAAAAAUAGUGCAAAGUGCAUUUACAAAUUGUUUCUAUCAGUAGGUUUGUUUUCUGCAUUUUGUUUCAUUUUAACUUUUUAUCCGUAACGGUCAUCUUUUCUCCUGUUUCACAUAUCUGUGAAGAAAAUAAGUAUAUAUAAUGAAUGCAUUACCGGUAUAUAUACAUACUCAUUAUGUAUAUAUGAAUAUAUACUUAUAUUAUCGACACUUGUAUAUGUACGUAAUGCAAAAAAAAAAAAAAAAAGUUAAAAAAAAAACAAAUUUAAAAAAAAAGGCACGAGUUAGUUGACCACUUAGCUCCCUGCAUAUUCUCUCCUUCUCCAAGUUGCUUUUGUUGGUUGCCUAAAUAAGUACGUUGAAGUUUUUAUUAUUAUCAUUUUGUAUCUUUCAGUUUUUGAGUGGGCGUUCACGUCUUGAUUUUCAUUCUACUGUAGUCGUGCUGUUGGACGAAAAAAAGCUAAGUGGUCAACUGACGGCGAAACUUCAUGGAACAGUGUAUAGAAGUAGAUACAAAUUUUCCUCUAAUCUGUACAUAAAAAGAAAAUAAAAAGACUGAAUUGUAUGCCACAGACAUGUCCUUAAAUUCCUGUAUCAUGCUAGCAUUUGAAUAAUGAAUUAUUUCCUGUUUUUAUUUUUUGCUUCUUAACCUUUAAUCCUUUGACAUCCUGACCCGGGAGUCAUCUUUGGUGAUUUAAUAGUAAAUGUGAUUAUUUACUGAGAAUAACAUUACAGAUAUUGAUUGCAUAUUUUUAAUUUUUUUUUUUCAUCGGCAACGAUAGAUCCAGUGUUAAAACGUCAGAACAGCUACAACCAUGUCAUUCCUCGUUUGUGUAAAAGAUUAAACAUCAGACGUCGCUCUUUGUGAUCCGAGCCUCCUGAACCGCCUCCCUCUCGGCCUUGUGCUUGGCCGUUUUUAUUUUAUUGUAUUUCCUUUUGAUUGUGUCAGCGACUUGUGCAGCAGAGAUUAAAAACUGCUCGAGGUA